UCUGGGCGUCUCCAAAAUAGAACCAAAAUGGCGCGGGUUGAGCAACAAUGUGCGACGGAUGGUUCCACGAGUACACCCUAUUUGCAGCUGUCUUACUUCACGAUUUAUCUCACACAGGGAAUAGAGAUCCUAGAAUAUUAUACGAAGGUGCCCUUCUAUCAUGUUCUGUUUGAGGCUGUCUUGGUUCUUUGGAUAAUAAGGCUGAUUACCAGCAAGACGUUCAGAUUCAGAGAACAGAAGAUAGAACUAACAGAGAAGGAAGAGGAAGAAUUAAUUGAGGAAUGGCAACCAGAACCAUUGGUUCCAGCGACGCCAACAUACGAUCUAGAUGCCAUUACUCCAAAUGUGGUACAAGGGAAACCAGGACAUACAUUGAACAUAGAUGACAAAGAGUGUCUGAAUUUUGCAACAUUCAACUUUCUUGGUUUUGUCGGAAAUGAGAAAAUAGAGGAUGCAGCCAUCAAAAGCCUUCAUCGUUAUGGUGUAGGUUCAUGUGGGCCCCGUGGUUUUUAUGGUACAAUUGAUGUUCAUUUAGAGUUAGAAGAGAGACUGGCUAAAUUCAUGAGGACUGAAGAGGCUAUUCUUUAUUCUUAUGGGUUUUCUACAAUAGCAAGUGUAAUUCCUGCUUAUUCCAAGAGAGGGGAUGUCAUUUUUUGUGAUAAGGGAGUUUCUUUUGCGAUUCAAAAAGGACUUGUUGCUUCAAGAAGUCGUAUAAUGUGGUUUGAACACAAUGACAUGGAUGACCUGGAAAGGCUUUUGCAUGAACAAAAAGAGAAAGAUGAAAAGAAUCCCAAGAAAGCUAGUGUGACUAGAAGAUUUUUAGUUUUAGAAGGAAUUUAUGUUAAUUAUGGUGACAUUGCACCACUUCCAAAAAUAAUUGAACUGAAGUACAAUUACAAAGUUCGACUCAUCAUUGAUGAAAGUGCAUCAUUUGGAGUUCUCGGACAAACUGGAAGAGGAAUAACAGAACACUUUGACAUCCCAAUAAAGGAAGUCGACGUGAUAUCUGUUUCCAUGGAGAACUCCUUAGCAACUAUUGGUGGAUUCUGUUGUGGGACAUCAUUUGUUGUUGACCACCAGAGACUCUCCGGUGCAGGGUACUGUUUUUCAGCAUCACUGCCUCCCAUGUUAGCUUCAGCAGCAAUUGAAGGAUUAAAUAUCAUUGAACAGAAACCAGAAAUGUUUGAGGAACUGAAAGAGAAGACAAAACUGUUAUAUGCAGAACUUGAAGGACUCAAAGGACUUUUGUGCGAAGGAUCAGAGGAUUCUCCAAUUCUACACUUAAGGCUUCUUGAACCUUAUGAAACAUUUGAGGAGGAUGAAGAGAAAUUAAAGCAAGUUGUUGCCAAUGCUUUGGGGAAUGGUGUUGCCCUUACAGUUGCAAGAUAUCUCAAACAUGAGGAAAAGUUUCUACCACCCCCAAGCAUCAGAGUGACACUGAAUGUUCAACUGACAGGGGAAGAAAUCAAACGUGGAGCACAAGUCAUCAAGCAAGCAGCAGAGAGCGUAUUUGGCUAAUAACACAACAAGGGCAAAAAAACUUGAUGUCUGUCACAUCAGCACAGUUGUUAUCGUGAAUUAAGGUGUACUCAGCUGUACAGCUCGAUCGAUAUCUAAAUUCUCAACAAUACAUCAAAUUAUGUUUAAUCAUAAAAACUUUUCUGAGAAUGGACCUCUUUACGGUUAAUUUCUCUUGUUUUUAAUGUGGAGGAGUAAACACUUUAGGUAGAAACUACAAAAUUGCCCAAAAAUGCCUCAAAUUCACAUGCGAUUAUCUUAUGAUAUAAAAUAAGAAAAAAUAAUCUAGGAAAAGGGAUGUUUAGGAAAUUUUCAGUCAAAAAAGGGUACAUUUCAUAUCUUGCUAUUUAAACAACUAAUGCUGCACGAGAUGUGUAGAAACCAGAAAAUAUAAGACGUUUGAAAGCAAUACAAGUUGCUCUUUAUACUGCAGCUUUUAAUGCUAUUAUUAAUAGAAUGUUGUGGUGCUGAGAUUGGAGUUUUGCUCUACUGUAUAGUAUUCUAUGAUUUUUUUUAACUCAGUUGCCCUUGUCAUAGACCUCUUCAUUAUCAGAUAGUUUGAUAAAAUAUUUAUCAAUACUAUUCAGAGAAAAAAAAGUCAGUGGUCACCAUAGUGGCAGUCACUGUUUGAAUUGCUGGGAGUGUAUUUUUAUUACUAUGUUAAGCAAACCUUUUGUUCACCAUAUUUGUGAGUGUUGGUCAUUGGGGAAACAGUGACUUGGAGCCUUGUAUAAUUUUCUAUUUUAAUCUAAAUGGUGUAUAGGGUGGCCGUGAAUAUAACUGUCUUCUUACUCUCAGCCAGAAAUAGAAGCGAUGCGAUGCCCGGCAGAGGCGAAUCUAGGGGGAGGGUGCGAGGGGUGCACACCCCCCUGAGAUGAAGCCUUCUUUUUCUAUUCGCUUUCAAAAUUUGUUUACCUCACCAGUCUUUUACGCCAUUCCUUAGUGAUGCACCCCCUCCUAAGAAAAAUCCUGGAUCCUCCCCUGCCCGAGGUAGGUUGUCCUUACGGGCUUAGAGUUUCCAUCAGUUAAUUAAUGAAUUUACCGAAGAAUCUUUGCAUGUUAAUAUCUCAGUUUAUUCUUAUUUUUUUGAAGCACUUAAAAGUUCUUCAUCGUCAUCAAUAUGUGUGGUGUGAUCACGAUUUAGUGACAGUCGUAGGUGGUUGAUUACUGACAAGUAUAAAUGUUACAUGUUCAUCAUCUGUACCGAAUGCCGGUCGUUUCGCCAACGUGUCACUUCGCCAACGACCAGAUCGCCAACGUAUGAAGUCGUUUCGCCAGCGUCUAAUGUCAGUUCGCCAACGCUUAUAUUUCAGUUCGCUAACGUCCAAAUAACGUGUUUGGUUGAAAAUAAUUGUCAAAUAGAUAACUUGCAAUUCA